AUGGCCCCCCGAAAGAGGAGCCGCCAUGGCCUGGGCUUCUUGUGCUGCUUUGGGGGCAAUGACCUCCCUGAGAUCAACCUCCGGGACAAUAACCCUCUGCAGUACAUGGAGUUCUCCGGUCCGAUCCCAAACACGGAGGAGCUCAAUGUCCGCUUCGCAGAGCUUGUGGAUGAAUUGGAUCUCACCGACAAGAACCGGGAGGCAGUAUUUGCUCUGCCCCCUGAGAAGAAAUGGCAGAUCUACUGCAGCAAGAAGAAGGAGCAGGAGGACCCCAACAAGAUGGCGACCAGCUGGCCUGACUAUUACAUUGACCGCAUCAACUCCAUGGCCGCGAUGCAGAGUCUGUACAAAUUCGAUGAGGAGGAGAUAGAGAUGAGGAACCAAGUGGUGGAAGCCCUGAAGACAGCUCUCCGGACGCAGCCCAUGAGGUUCGUGACCCGCUUCAUCGAGCUGGAUGGCUUGACCUGCCUGCUGAACUUCCUCCGGAGCAUGGACCACGCCACCUGCGAGAGCCGCAUCCACACCUCCCUCAUCGGCUGCAUCAAGGCUCUGAUGAACAACUCUCAGGGGCGGGCUCACGUGCUGGCGCAGCCCGAGGCCAUCAGCACCAUCGCGCAGAGCCUGCGCACGGAGAACAGCAAGACCAAGGUGGCCGUGCUGGAGAUCCUGGGCGCCGUGUGCCUGGUGCCAGGUGGCCACAAGAAGGUCCUGCAGGCCAUGCUGCACUACCAGGUGUACGCCGCCGAGCGCACGCGCUUCCAGACCCUGCUGAAUGAACUGGACCGAAGUCUGGGCCGGUACCGGGAUGAAGUGAACCUGAAGACAGCCAUCAUGUCCUUUAUCAACGCCGUCCUCAAUGCUGGUGCUGGGGAGGACAAUCUGGAGUUCCGCCUACAUCUACGGUAUGAGUUCCUGAUGCUGGGGAUACAGCCCGUGAUUGACAAACUCCGGCAGCAUGAGAAUGCCAUCCUGGACAAGCACUUAGACUUCUUCGAGAUGGUCCGGAAUGAGGAUGACCUGGAGCUAGCCAGGAGGUUUGACAUGGUCCACAUCGACACCAAGAGUGCUUCCCAGAUGUUUGAGCUGAUCCACCGGAAGCUGAAGCACACGGAGGCCUACCCCUGCCUGCUGUCUGUCUUGCACCACUGCCUGCAGAUGCCCUACAAGCGGAAUGGUGGCUACCUGCAGCAGUGGCAGCUCCUGGACCGCAUCCUACAGCAGAUCGUCCUCCAGGAUGAGCGGGGUGUGGACCCUGACCUGGCUCCCUUGGAGAACUUCAACGUCAAGAACAUCGUCAACAUGCUCGUCAAUGAGAAUGAAGUGAAGCAGUGGCGAGACCAGGCAGAGAAGUUCCGGAAAGAACACACAGAACUGGUGAGCAAGCUGGAGAGGAAGGAGCGAGAAUGUGAGACGAAAACUCUGGAGAAGGAAGAGAUGAUGCGGACGCUAAACAAGAUGAAGGACAAGCUGGCCCGAGAGUCCCAGGAGCUGCGCCAGGCUCGGGGACAAGUGGCUGAGCUGGUAGCCCAACUCAGUGAGAUCUCGACAGGACCUGUAUCUUGCCCACCUCCUCCUGGAGGCCCACUUACCUUGACUUCCUCAAUGACAACCAAUGACCUGCCUCCACCUGCACCCCCUUUACCGUUUGCCUGCUGUCCCCCACCGCCACCACCCCUUCCACCUGGUGGGACUCCCACUCCCCCUGGUGCCCCACCUUGCUUCGGCAUUGGCCUGCCUGUCCCUCCAGACCCUUUCCCCAGCAGUGAAGUCUCACUCAGGAAGAAGUGUGUCCCCCAACCUUCCCACCCACUGAAGUCCUUCAACUGGGUCAAGCUGAAUGAGGAGCGUGUCCCUGGCACCGUAUGGAAUGAGAUUGAUGACAUGCAGAUAUUCCGGAUUCUGGACCUACAAGACUUUGAAAAAAUGUUCUCAGCCUAUCAGAGGCACCAGAAAGAGUUGGGCUCCACGGAGGACAUCUACCUGGCCUCCCGCAAGGUCAAAGAGCUGUCGGUCAUUGACGGCCGGAGGGCGCAGAACUGCAUCAUCCUGCUCUCUAAGUUGAAGCUCUCGAAUGAGGAGAUCCGCCAGGCCGUCCUGAAGAUGGAUGAGCAGGAGGACCUCGCCAAGGACAUGUUGGAGCAGCUCCUCAAGUUCAUCCCGGAGAAGAGUGACAUUGACCUCCUUGAGGAGCACAAGCAUGAGAUCGAGCGGAUGGCCCGUGCUGACCGCUUCCUCUAUGAAAUGAGCAGGAUCGACCACUACCAGCAGCGCCUGCAGGCCCUCUUCUUCAAGAAGAAGUUCCAGGAGCGGCUGGCUGAGGCCAAGCCCAAAGUGGAAGCCAUCCUGCUGGCCUCCCGGGAGCUGAUCCGCAGCAGGCGUCUGAAGCAGAUGCUGGAGAUCGUCCUGGCCAUCGGGAACUUCAUGAACAAGGGGCAGCGUGGGGGCGCCUACGGGUUCCGGGUGGCCAGCCUCAACAAGAUUGCUGACACCAAGUCCAGCAUUGACAGGAACAUCUCUCUGCUCCAUUACAUGAUCAUGAUCCUGGAGAAGCACUUCCCCGACAUCCUGAACAUGCCCUCGGAACUGCAACAUCUUCCAGAAGCCGCCAAAGUCAACCUGGCAGAACUGGAGAAGGAGAUCAGCAGUCUCAGAAAGGGCCUCAGAGAGGUCGAGAUGGAGCUGGAAUAUCAGAAACGCCAGGCACGGGAGCCAAAUGACAAAUUCGUCCCUGUUAUGAGCGACUUCAUCACGGUGUCCAGCUUUAGCUUCUCCGAGCUGGAGGACCAGCUCAGCGAGGCCCGGGACAAGUUCUCCAAGGCCCUGGUGCACUUUGGGGAGCAGGACAGCAAGAUGCAGCCCGACGAGUUCUUUGGCAUCUUUGACACCUUCCUGCAGGCCUUCUCAGAGGCCCGGCAGGACCUGGAGGCCAUGAGGAGGAGGAAGGAGGAGGAGGAGCGGCGGGUGCGCAUGGAAGCCAUGCUGAAGGAGCAGCGGGAACGGGAGCGGUGGCAGCGGCAGCGGAAGGUCCACGCGGGCAACACCCUGGAGGAGGGCGGCGAGUUCGACGACCUGGUGUCAGCCCUGCGCUCCGGGGAGGUUUUCGACAAGGACUUGUGCAAGCUCAAGCGCAGCCGCAAGCGAUCGGGGAACCUGGCCCUGGAAGUGACCCGGGAGCGGGCCAUCAACAGGCUGAAUUGCUGA